AUUUCGGCCGCUGCCUUCGACUCUAUGGUCGACUCGAGCCACUUUGUGUGCGAAUGCGAUGUGGCGACGCCAGACGAACUCAAGAUCCACGGCGCCAACUGCUCUCUCGCGAUCCUCAAAUGCCCGUGGCAGUGGCGCGAACCGUUUCUCGAUGAACGCCGCAACAAGCUCAAGCGCAAGCUUGGUGACACCAAAUGGAAAGACCCCGUCGACCCAGCCUUCAUUGACCACCUCGAACCAGGCGCCGGCAAGAAACUGUUCCGCGAUGUCGAAUCGGACGAGCUGUCCAAGAUCAAGAGUGAAAUCCAACGGCUCAACCAAGCCAAAGCGUCGUGCUCGGAACAUGCGUCCUCGUGGGAUGAGCACGAUGACGACGUCACCAAGACCACCGAAGCCGAGUGCUGGAGAAAAGGAUCCGAAAGCCCCAACACAGUCGCGGCGCCCAUGUGCACCACCGAAGACAUGGCGUACUUGGACAGCAUCUUGCUGCCCGUGGACUUGUUUGCAAGGAAUGAAGAUGCGUUCGAACCGAAUUCCGCGGUUGAUAGCACAGCCGAUGUCUCCACCGUGAUCGGGUUUCAUGGUGCAUCGAUGGACGAGCCAGUACUGCAUCUACUGUCCGACCGCUAUGACACGUACUUGACGUACGACGACGAGGAACUGAGCAUUGGCAGCGACAACGAUGGCAGCACCACCCCUUAAUACGGGCGAUCCAUGAAUAUUUAUUAGAAUCAGCGAACCGCUUCAACAAAACCAAUCGAUUCUUGCAUGUGAAUGAAUUCGCACGCCUGUGCAUGAG